UAUCUAUUGACUCAGAUGGUAGAAACUAGUGAACAAUUAACAGCUUAUUAUGAUUACUCAGGUCUUCCUCUGAUUAACUAUAAUAAUGCCUUUAUCAAUAUUCAUCCGAGUUUAAUGUAAACAAUUCUUUACUAACAGGAAGAAGGCUUACAUUAUUUGGUCAUUGAAAUAAACAUGACAACGACUAAAAAAGCCUGGAAGCUCCGUAAGUUUUUAGUUUUUGUCAACAAGUUCAAAAUUGUGGUUGAAACUUUGGUAAAUGAAGAAAAUGCAGACACUUAUUGGUGUCAUGUUGUAUCACACGGCCGCCUUCUUGGUUGCCACGACCCGUGAACUUUUUUAAUUCACUGAACCGAACCCUAAAUGUAUCCCUAAGCCUAAGCCUAAUAAUGGGUGACUGCAUUAGCUGAAACUUUUACUACUUAUUACUUAGUCUUAGUCCUUAGUCUACUAAAAACUACUCCAAUAAUAAAUGCAGUAUUCUUAAUAUUAUAAAAUUUAAAAAAGUUAAAAUGUUGGCCUAAUUGAUUUUGUACCUCGGAUGUCUAUAUGACAACAACUACAAUGAUGCAACUCUAUUGAAUUGAUUCCUUGGCCUUCAUGCAAUGCACUUAUCGGUAAAUUUGGAGAGAUGUCGCCACAUGGCCACCACCUUGGUUGACACGACCAGUUAAUUCUGUCAAUAAACCUAAAAUAAAUGUAUCCCUAAACCUAACCUGAACCCUAAUUCACUGCAACAAUAAUAAACAUGCAAAUGACAUCAUGGUGACAUCUCACCCAAUUAGCCCAAUUAUUAUUAUCGUUAAUGUACAGUUAGAGGCAUGGGCUUUCCAAGAGUUGUCUCACCCUAAAUCUAAGCUUAAGAUGACAAGAUCAGCAGUUGGACCUAAAUGAAGAGAAUGAUAACUUUCCUGUUCUUCACUGACUAUUAUAAGCGUUAAAGACAUAAUGUCAUGUGAUGAUUGAUACAGUUAAAAUGAAAUGAUUUAAAAUUUAAUUUUCCAUUAAGUUUUUUGUACUAAACUUCAACUAACAAGAUUCAAGAGAAUUAAUCCUUGCUGAUACUCCAAGAUAAACACCAGAAAAAAUAUGUGCGCAUGGUUAAAAUAAUAAAAGUGCUUUUUUUUUUUUAUAGGUUGAAAAUGAAAUGCUUGUAUGCUAUGCUAUUCAUUUAAAUAAUGUCGCAAUUAAACGUUUCAAGACAAAAAUAAAAAUAUGAGGAAAAAAACUUAUUGCAUAAACACAGAGCUCAAAUUUGAAAUCUUUUAAUUUUAAGAAAUGGAACUAUUGCUAGUAGUUGACCCUGAGGAACCUCUUUGACCUAUUUACCAUGGAAAAGAUCGCAUUUUAGCCCAGUUCUCACUACUUUUCCCAGUAUACUGCUUCAGUGACUUCACUACAUUACAUAACUGUGACACACACUAACAAUGACUAUCUUAUACUAUAAAAUAUCAUGGGAGUCAUUGUGAGUUAGAAUAGCUGAGUAGUGAAGACUGAGGAUUGCUUUAAAUUACUCUAAGUGAAUUAAUAACUGUGGACAACCCUUUUUGAGUGAGGAGUCUUUUCUAUAAAUUGUCUGCUAAGAAUAUAUUUGAAGAGUGGGCGGGGUGGAUUGUAUAAAAAUCAUUCCUAUAGAUGGUGAUAACAAGAGCUCCAAUCCUUGUAUUCAGGAGCUGUGUGUUGCAGAUCACUGAACUAGCCAUCAAACAAGUGUUCUUUUUCAAUCCCUCGGUGUAUAGUAAUUAGUAUUAGUAUUGGCACAAAGAAAUAGGCCCAUGUUUUAACAAAUUAAACUGGGUUACUUUGUCUGAUCAGUAUCAGUCUUACUCAUAUUUCUGGGCUGCUAAUAAGUUAUUAUUUAAUAUUGAAAUAGUCAAUUUAAAAAAAAAUGAAAUUGUUUUUUCUCACUGGGAAUUUAUGUAUUUUUAUUUGUUAAAAUUUGUCUUACUUCUACUAAGGACAUUAAAAUGUGUAUGCUCUCUUUCAUUUAUGAUAAACGGGACAAUAAAGAAUCUAUAUCCUCAUUCAGUUUUUGCUAAUUUCUUGUUUGACUUCUCCUUUAGAGGACUUCACUGCUCACACUGCAGAUGUAAAAUGCCUUGGCUUGGGCCACAAGUCAGGGCGGGUGAUGGUGACUGGUGGGGAAGAUCGCAAAGUUAACUUAUGGUCGGUGGGCAAACCACACUGCAUCAUGGUAUGUAUAUUUCAAAAAACAUGUAAAAAAAAAAAGUAAUCAUCAAAAAAUAUCUGUAACUGUUUAGAAUCUAUCAAAUUGUUGUAAAAUUUGACAUGUUUUUUGUUAUGGGUUACCAAUGUUUAAAUUUUGAGUUCUAAAUUCAUGAUAGUUUUAAUAUUUUAUGGUGACACGAUCAAGGUUUACAUCUCAUGUAACAUGUUUAGUAGGUUUAGGCUUGCAAUUAAACUCACCUCCAUGUCAAUAAAUUAAUUUCCAGAGUUUAACUGGGCACACAACGAGUGUAGAGUCAGUGAGGUUCGGACAAGAUGAAGAACUGGUGGUUGCUGGCUCUCUCUCAGGUGCUCUCAAAGUGUGGGAUCUGGAACAGGCUAAAAGUGAGUAUGGAAUUCUCAGUGUAUUUAAAUUAAAUUAAACAUUUAAUACAUCCCUUGGGUGCUGGGUGGCCGAGUGGUCUAGACUGAGUCAAUCUCAAGUUCGUGGUCUGGAGUUCAAUCCCCACCAAAGCCCCUCUAAGAGAAGGAAACUCUAAAUUCAAAACCUGUAGAUGGAGUCCCGUAGGCGGAAUAACAUCGGCACAAUGAAACAUUCCGACAACUCCUGCGAUGCCACUUUUGCAAAGAUGUAUCAACAUGAUACCCCCUUGGGUUAUUCAGCGGCGUGGAGAGAGGCCAUUUGCUGUGUGUGAACCAGCUUAUAAUUCUAAAAAGAAUAAUCCCAGGAUUUCAUCACGGAUGCCAGCAAUACAUCACUGUUCAAUGAAGAAUAUAUUUAUAAAAAAUAAACCCCGUUAAAAGUUACUCUUUUAUUUUUCUGAGUAAAACACUAAGAAGUUUUCUUUUCACAGUUUUGCGAACACUGACAGGUCACCAGUCGGGUAUCAAAUCUUUAGAUUUUCAUCCUUACGGCAAUUAUGUGGCAUCUGGCUCUAUGGAUUGUAAUGUUAAGGUAAGCACAUUAUUCAGCUUGUAUAAAGUGUACUAUGAGACCAAAAAAACCUAAUUAUAGAAUUACAUAGCAUUAAUAAUAGGAGAUCUGUCGCUAUGAGAGUUUGAUUUUAACAUGAUUUAUAUCUCGAAGGAAAUACUGAGUCUUGAGUUGCAUUAAUUACAAGCUGUCUGUUCUCUGUCACAACAUUUUCUCUGGUUCCUGCCCUUCCUAUCUUACUGAACUUCUUAUUGUCUAUUUACCCCUUCGAAAGCUUCAUUCCUCCGCAGACGCACUUAUUCUUUCUGUUCCCAGAACACUCACUAAAACAUAUGGUGAACAAUCUUUCUCUUUCUGUGCCCCAAAACAAUGGAAUUCUUUCCCAUUACACAUCAGCAAUAUAAUGACCAUCUCAGCCUUCAAAACUGCCAUCAAGAUCCAUCUCUUCAAACUGUACUAGUACUAUACCGACUCAUUCUCACCCACGAUUCUGCUGGUUGCUGUCCAUGGCUAGACCAGGGUAGAUAGCACUUGGGUGGGUGAGGUCAACCUUUUUACCAAUUGUUGUUAAAAUGGAUACGUUUCUGUAAAUGCGCUAUAUAAAACCAGCUAAUAAUAAUAAUAAUAAUAUCAGUUAGCAAAUCCAUUGCACCAAAUAGCUUAUUCUAUUGGGCUUCUCCUUGCAUGCUAUUUGAGUGUCUGCCACCCUAACACAUGAAACUAAAAACUCCAUGAGACUUUAGCCCAUCCAUGAGACCUUAACCCGUCCACAUCUAGUUGGCUAUAUAUAUAGUCUACACUAUUUUAUUUUACCGUGUUUGCCCCAAUGACAUGUAUGUCAAAGGUGACACAAAUAAAUUUCAGUAGACAUCCCACUGGUGGUUUACUAUAGAAAGACAGAGGCUACAUUUUUAUUGGUUUUUCUGUUAGACCUUUCCUGAGAUGUAAAUUGGGUACAUAAAAUGAUUAUUUUUAAUGCAGUUAGAGGUAAACAAAAUAAUAAGCUUGUUAUGGCAUUUCAUAAUUUUUCAGAAUUAUCAUUUAAUGUUAUCUAAAUAUAUUAUUGUGAUCAUAUAAUUUUUUUAUUCUAGUUAUGGGAUGUACGAAGAAAGGGCUGUAUUUAUACUUACAAGGUAAGUAAAUAGAUGCUUACGUAAAGUGAAUGAUGUUUACAUCAAGUGAAUAGGUGCUUACACUUAAAUGGAUAUAAAUGCAAUUGAUGUCUAUUUCUGAGAUGACACUAUUCGUCUUACAUGGUAUUUCAAUAAAUUAAUCUGCAUUUUUAAAAUUUCCCCCAGAGUCAUACAAACUGUGUUAACUGUCUCAGGUUUACACCAGACGGUCAGUGGAUUGCAUCAGCCAGUGAGGACAACACAAUUAAGGUGAAUUUUAACACAGAUGGUCCAAUCAUUAAAAUAAAUCAUUGUUGCAUUUCAGUUCUGGCAAACAUUGUCCAAGCAGAAGUACAAAGCAUAGAAACAUAGGUGUCCUUCAUUGAUAGUAAACCAUUUUCUUUCUCAUUUUCGUGAUUAGUUUUUCUUGCUUCCUCCAGAUUUGGGAUCUGACAGCCGGUAAACUUCUCACAGAAUUGAAACUUCACAGAGGCCCUGUCAAUGUUGUAGAAUUCCAUCCGUCUGAUCUCUUGUUGGCGUCUGGAAGUAGUGACAAGUAAGUUGCUCAUGUUCUCUGUAUUGUUGUCAUAAGAGUUGCAUCUAAAAAAUGUAGAUACAUAGAUGUAAAAAAUAUUUCAAAUGAGCCUUUACUUAAGCAGAUGAGAAGUGAGAGGGUGAUGGUCAAGCCAUUGAUAAGAAACUCCAAUACAGAAAUAGGUAACAUUACAGAAAAAUAACCAAGAGAUGAAAGAGAAAAUACACAAGUUAGAUUUUUAUGCCAAAGCUCAUUAAGAUAAAAAAUACGAUUCCUACUAAUGUGUAUAUGGAUUUUAAAAAUCAAAAGGAAACAAACUCAUAACUUAAAUUGAAAUAGCAAAGAAUAUCCCCAACACAUUAUCUCUAGGAGGCAUGAUUUUUGGGUUUGACAAAAUAAAAACAAGAGUGGGGUGUGUCCAGACACACUUUUAAGACUUAUUUAGCAGUUGAUGAGAAAGUGUUUAAAAAAAAAAAAGGUUAAGUUCAACAUUUCGUCACAAUUUAGAAAAGCAUUUUUAGAGCAAAGCAACAAAAGCUUUAAUAAAUUUUAAAAAAAUGCAGUGAAAAGUUUAAAAAAAACCUCAUAACUUAAAAAAGGGAAUGAUGUUAGGAAGAGGUUAAUUAUAGUUUAUGGAUAGUUAGUUAGUAAUCAUCUGACAUUUGUUUAGACUAAAGACUUGCUUGUUAUCCUUCUAGUGUAAUUUAAUCAAAGAAAUUUGAGGCUGGUCAUUGGUAUAGUGAAAGUUUCUCUAUUAUUUUAGUCAAGUGUCUUUCCAAAAUAUCAUUUUGUUUUACAGGACUGUCAAAUUUUGGGACUUGGAAACAUUCCAGUGUAUCAGCAGUUCUGAUUUAGAUAAACACCCCAUCAGGUAAUCUUAGUGCUAACUGUGUGGUGUGUGUGGGAGAAAAAAGGGGGGGGUGUGGCUGUGUGGCUGUGUGUGGGGGGGGGGAGGGGGAGGGGAGAAAUUACCUUCAUUUUUAAUGUUGUAUAAACUAUAAAUUUGACAUUUAAAAUGUAAAUUGAGUUUCUGUAAAGAACAGUUUAUUUUUCUGUGCUAAAAGGGGGGGGUGUGGCUGUGUGGCUGUGUGUGGGGGGGGGAGGGGGAGGGGAGAAAUUACCUUCAUUUUUAAUGUUGUAUAAACUAUAAAUUUGACAUUUAAAAUGUAAAUUGAGUUUCUGUAAAGAACAGUUUAUUUUUCUGUGCUAAAUUUUAUGUUACGAGCAUUAGAAAUAAAACAGAACUCUAGCAAACACAAUGGUAGUACUUGCUAUAUUAUAAAACAAAAAUGACUUUGGAACGUGUUAGAACUAGCUGAAUUAUAAGACAAAAAUGACUUUUGGCCUGGUCGACGACUCUAGUUGUUACUCUUUGCUGGUCGACCACUCUAGUUGUUACUCUUUGAUGCUCAUAUUUUUGUUCUCUGGUUUCCCAGGAGUAUAACCUUCCACCCUGAAGGGACGUGCCUGUACAGUGCCUGUGGGGACAGUCUAAAAGUUUAUGGUUGGGAACCAUUUGUGUGCUAUGAUGUUGUUCCCAUAGCAUGGUCUGAAGUUGGUGAUAUGGCCAUUGCAAAUUCACAGUUGGUGGGUACAUGCAUUCUUUGACACAGUUGGUGGAUACAUGCAUUCUUUGACACAGUUGGUGGGUACAUGCAUUCUUUGACACAGUUGGUGGGUACAUGCAUUCUUUGACACAGUUGGUGGGUACAUGCAUUCUUUGACACAGUUGGUGGGUACAUGCAUUCUUUGACACAGUUUGUGGGUACAUGCAUUCUUUGACACAGUUGGUGGAUACAUGCAUUCUUUUAACAUUUUCCACACAGUUGAACAGCUUCUGAUUUACUUUUUUUUGUAUUGAUUCUAAGUAAUCAACAAGUCAACUUUUAGACAGAAGUAUUUUGGCUCAAGACAGAGGGUAUUGCUAACUACGCAGCCCUCCAGCAUUCUGCAGUCGCUAUCUUGUUUUUGCUCUGAUUAAAAAAUGUAAAUACUUAUAUUUUGGGAUAGGACAAAUUCAGCUGCCCCUUGAGCUUAUCAAAGUUCAGACCUGUAGCAAUAGAGAAAAGCAUAAUAAGAAGCUUUUUGAAUGUGUUUAAAGAAACUAAAUUAUAUAAAGAUAUUGUUCAUUUGAAGUUGAUAGAUUGGGUAGAUUAAAGGAGAUAAUUCAGUCAUAAGACAAGAACUGUUUGAAAGAGCAUUGUCGUAUGCCUCUGUGUGAUAACUUGGAACAUAAAGAAAUAAGUUAGCACAGGGUCACCCACUUCACUGGCCUACCAAACCUGCUUUAAAGCUCUCUCUGCAUGAGUCAAUCCAGUUAUGAAAGUCUGCCAUAGCUGGCCCUUUACUUGUUCACCAGAUGAUAAGUUAUGGGGGCUGUCUUACGGCCAGAUGAUAAGUUAUGGGGGCUGUCUCCCGGCCAGAUGAUAAUUUAUGGGGGCUUUCUUCCGGCCAGAUGAUAAGUUAUGGGGACUGUCUCCCGGCCAGAUAAGUUAUGGGGGCUGUCUCCCGGCCAGAUGCCCCAAAGUAUUUUUCCAGGCUGGGGUUAUUAUUAUCAACCUGAUGGAGAGUAGUUAGUACUAUUUGUGUCAGAAUAUUAACAUCUCAAUUUGACUAUUCAACAGAUAACUGCUUCGUACUCCAAGACCAAUGUCUCAACAUUUGUUGUAGAUUUAAAUGUAAGAGUUCACUUUUUUAAAUAUAUUCUUUGUGUCAUAACUUCAGAACCAUUACACUUUACCCCAGCAGACAAUAAGAUUUCAAUUAUCCUGAUCUAGUGGUCAUUUGGGCAUGUAGAUGUCAAAUAAAGACAACAUUUUGUGAAUAAUCUUAAAGGGGUUCUCAAAACCAACUUAGCUUACAAUUGCAGUGUUUUCACUCCUUGUAACUAUUUCUUUCUGGAACGGCACCCAGUUAUGCCCAGUUUUGGUUUUCUCCAAUAACAGUUUAAGCAAUAGUUAUAAAACUCUAGUCCCCUAAGACAGUUUAAGCAAUAGUCUUAGGGGACUAGAGUUAAAGCUUUCUUAAAGCUGGUUACCAUUGCAUCUGAUCAUUUUAACAAUCCUACAGAAAGUUGCUCCGACAGGGGUUGUUAGCAGAUCUGAUGACACUAAAGCACCAAACAGAAUGACAAGGUAAGGCUUUUAUCAACAUCAAGUCAAUUCUACCUGGGGAUGUACAAUUCAAAUUUACCUUAUAGGCAGCUAUUCUUAGGGGGAACAAAACAACUCAUGAAAUGGCUAACCUAAAUAACUUCAGCGUGUUGUUCAAGUCGAUAUAAAUGUAGGUAUUAAAGGGGUCAUUUAGAAAGCAGGCCCGGUUCACCUUAUGAUUUUGGCGUAUGGUGUAUGAAUUUGAGAUGCUUUUUAUGUCUGUAAGCUGAGAGCUUUCAUAACUAUGAUUUUAUCAUUUAAAAAAACAACUUUUUUCGGUUGUAAGUUUGACCUCCUUUCUGUAUCUGGUGGUCAAUGGAUCGAGAAAUGCGAUUGGUUGUGGACCAUCCAUAAUGUACGCACUGAGGGUGGAGAUGGGGUGGGUGGUGUUGACUAAGGAGUGUAUGGAUGUACAUGGGAGUUGGUUAGGGAUAGUUGUCUAAAGGCUAUCAAAUAAGACAGCCCUUUUUGUAAUGAUGGUUAUGAUGGGCAUAUUGUUGCUUUGUGUUUUCACAAUGAACUCGCUACAGACGGCAAACAGUAAUAUUUAGAGUAGUCACCCUACUGACAAAUUUAGUCAACAUUAACGUUUGUUUCCUUCCGUUCUGUAUGCCUUAAGUUUGUGACCUAAUUAUUUUGUUCUGAUGCUCAACUGUGAUAGCAAAAAUGGAGAAAACUACGGAUUUUUCAUUUUUAUUUAUGUAUUUUCAACUGCUCCACACAGCAGGGUUAGAUUUUACAAAUAAGAUAUUGUAAGUGGAAUUUUGAAAUCUAUUUCUAGAAGUCACAAGGGAGCUGUAAAAUUUUGAUUUUUCAACUGGUUCAAGUUCUCCUUUUCUCUUCACCCAAUACAGCUUGCUCUGGUUAUUAUGACUAUAAUAUGUAAACAGAAAAUAAAAUCAGGCUCCUAGUCUUAAUCGGGACCCACCACAUUAAAUACCAUGGCCCGCAAGGUGUAUCACCAAUCAACUUAUUUCUUCAUUCAAUUAAUGAUUAUUUUCACAUUUGAAGUAUAUAUAAAUUAUUUUUAGUGACAGUAUGUGUUAUUUCAGUGUACUUGCCACUUUUUGAGACUUAUUUAAAAAUAAAAAUUGAUUGAAAAAAUUAAUCUCAAAUUUAAAUAAAAAUUAUAAAACAGCAAGUACUAUAAUAUAAAUAAAGACGGCUGGGUAGAGGGAAGCUUACUUGACACAAGCCUUACCACUAAGAAUGAUGUGUAGAAUGUUGCCAAACUAUAUUCAGGUAUAUGCAACAAUGAAUGACUGGAUUUUGAAUUUAUACACAAAUAAUAAUACUACUCCCACGCCACUUUUCCUCUGGUGACUUCUAUCUAAGCAUUCGUUUUUGCAAAAGUCUGUUUAGUCAAACUCUAAGCAUCUGCUCCCUCGUACAUCCCUUUCGUAGUCAUUUUAUGCCUUCUUUUUCACGUAAACCUUUUAAACCUAUCAGAUAAACCACUGCUAUAAAUUUUUCAGCUCGAGCGGAAGAAGAAGCUUCAUAACAGACAGACCACCCACUUCUUCUUCACGAGAGGCAAAGUAAGCAAUCUGUUUCAUAUUAGCUGUCUGGGAGACCACAUGGGUUGUCAACUCUCAUUGAAUGUGAUUUUUUUCAUAGGAGCAAAAUAAUAGUUAUAACGUCUUGAUGGCAUAUUUUAUCUAUCAAAAUAUAUAAGAAUAUAAAAUGAAGGCUUUAGCAUCAUCUUAACUAUUUUUAACUGCCCCCUCCAUCAUGUUACAUUACAAGAUAAUGAAUAGUAUUGUACAUUGAAGUGGAUUGUAGCAUAUUGCUGUGUACUGUUUCUUGACCUCCAUCAUACCUCAGCUUUACCAGCAUUCCAAAACUUUCCAGUGAACCAAAACGUUCAGACACACCUCCGGACCCAAAGGGACCAGACAAAAGUGACAACACGGAGGAGGACAGCAUGACAUCACAAGCCGAUAUACAGAACCAAGAUGACUAUCGGAGGAUAUUUAAGGAAAACUCUAAAAAUCGUGAGUGGCAUCUGCAGUUCUGUGUGUUUAGGUUACUAAUUUUUCCAUAUCAUCCCCAGUAAAAAAAAAUUGAGCACAUUUUUUGGUUUUGACAUUUAACUUUCCUAAUUACUGUUCCCUGUUGUUAUCCCCCCCCCCCCCCCCCCCCCCCGCUCUUGUAGAUGACAGGUAACUAGGCUUUCUCUGUACUGAAAUUUGUUCAUCUCAUUGCACUUACAACUUAUGCAGGAAAUUAUAAUGAAAUAAAUUAGUCUUAUGUUAGCCCUUCCUUGUUUGCUCUUUGUUCAUUGGAGGAAUUUUUUGAACUGUCUACCAGAGUUAUGCAAGUCAGUUGAUGGAUUUGACCUUUUCUUGUGCAUUUUUAUAAACUUUACUUUUAAUCUACGUCCGCCUCGUGGGGGUGAGAAUAUAUUAAUUUAUGUCACCAUGACUUGGGAUAAUCACAUUGAAAAUGUUAAGUAUGCCAGAGAUAGUAAGCUGUGAUGAAAGAGAUGGUAAGCUGUCAUAAAAGAUAUAGUAAGCUGUGAUGAAAGAGAUGGUAAGCUGUCAUAAAAGAUAUAGUAAGCUGUGAUGAAAGAGAUGAUAAUCUGUCAUAAAAGAUAUAGUAAGCUGUGAUGAAAGAGAUGAUAAUCUGUCAUAAAAGAUAUAGUAAGCUGUGAUGAAAGAGAUGGUAAUCUGUCAUAAAAGAUAUAGUAAGCUGUGAUGAAAGAGAUGGUAAUCUGUCAUAAAAGAUAUAGUAAGCUGUGAUGAAAGAGAUGGUAAUCUGUCAUAAAAGAUAUAGUAAGCUGUGAUGAAAGAGAUGGUAAUCUGUCAUAAAAGAUAUAGUAAGCUGUGAUGAAAGAGAUGGUAAUCUGUCAUAAAAGAUAUAGUAAGCUGUGAUGAAAGAGAUGGUAAUCUGUCAUAAAAGAUAUAGUAAGCUGUGAUGAAAGAGAUGGUAAUCUGUCAUAAAAGAUAUAGUAAGCUGUGAUGAAAGAGAUGGUAAUCUGUCAUAAAAGAUAUAGUAAGCUGUGAUGAAAGAGAUGGUAAUCUGUCAUAAAAGAUAUAGUAAGCUGUGAUGAAAGAGAUGGUAAUCUGUCAUAAAAGAUAUAGUAAGCUGUGAUGAAAGAGAUGGUAAUCUGUCAUAAAAGAUAUAGUAAGCUGUGAUGAAAGAGAUGGUAAUCUGUCAUAAAAGAUAUAGUAAGCUGUGAUGAAAGAGAUGGUAAUCUGUCAUAAAAGAUAUAGUAAGCUGUGAUGAAAGAGAUGGUAAUCUGUCAUAAAAGAUAUAGUAAGCUGUGAUGAAAGAGAUGGUAAUCUGUCAUAAAAGAUAUAGUAAGCUGUGAUGAAAGAGAUGGUAAUCUGUCAUAAAAGAUAUAGUAAGCUGUGAUGAAAGAGAUGGUAAUCUGUCAUAAAAGAUAUAGUAAGCUGUGAUGAAAGAGAUGGUAAUCUGUCAUAAAAGAUAUAGUAAGCUGUGAUGAAAGAGAUGGUAAUCUGUCAUAAAAGAUAUAGUAAGCUGUGAUGAAAGAGAUGGUAAUCUGUCAUAAAAGAUAUAGUAAGCUGUGAUGAAAGAGAUGGUAAUCUGUCAUAAAAGAUAUAGUAAGCUGUGAUGAAAGAGAUGGUAAUCUGUCAUAAAAGAUAUAGUAAGCUGUGAUGAAAGAGAUGGUAAUCUGUCAUAAAAGAUAUAGUAAGCUGUGAUGAAAGAGAUGGUAAUCUGUCAUAAAAGAUAUAGUAAGCUGUGAUAAAAAAGGUAGAUUUUAUGGAACUUAAUUUCAUAUAUUAAUUUAAACUCAAGCUCUUGAAAAAGAUAUUUUUAAGCUGUCUUUCAACUUGAAUGUAUUUCAUUAUCACAGCUUCUUUGAAAAUUGUAUGUCAUCAACAAUAGGGCAUAUUAAGACAUUAUCCCAGGUGCAGCUUUAGUUUUGAAAACUUUUUUCUGCUCUUGUUUUACUUUGCUUACUUACAUUUACUGCACGAACUUAACUAAAAGAUGGAACUUACCUAUGGUCUCCCCUACAUAUAAUCUUGUUUCACUUUGAUGUGCCUGGACAUUGACUCACUGUGUUUAGUCUGGAAAAUUUUAAUUUUUUGGUUGGUCAGAGAACAGAUUGUUGGCGUUUGUACAUGUGUGGUCCAAUCUCUAAGUAUAUGUGGCUAUUGUGGUCCAAUCUCUAAGUAUAUGUGAUCAUUGGGGUCCAUUCUCUAAAUAUAUGUGGUUAUUGUGGUCCAAUCUCUAAGUAAUAUGUGAUCAUUGGGGUCCAGUCUCUAAGUAUAUGUGGUAAUUGUGGGCCAGUCUCUAAGUUUAUGUGAUCAUUGGGGUCCAAUCUCUAAUAUGUGAUCAUUGUGGGCCAAUCUAUCAUCUGCUAUCAUUGUGGUACAAUCUCUAAUCCCCUGUGAUCAUUGCGAUCCAAUCUCUAUUACUCUAAUUAUCCGUGAUCAUUAUUUCAUUUGAAUGUUUGAAUGACAUGAAUUACUAGCUACUAAGAUUUUAAACCCAGCCUCUAAAAUUGUCACUUGGCCCCUAAAUCUUGUGUUUAAAGUUACCAGCAUUGCAUUUUUUUUCCAAAUGUUAAGUUCAUGCUGAGAAUCUCUUAUUAGCCUACUGUUUACUUUGGUUGACUAUUGGCACUGUAGUUUUUUAAACAAUAUCAUUUUGUGUGUCAACUAUUGAGUGUUUUUGUUGGCUUUGUGUUUGAUAAAGGCAUGUAUUACUGUAGCGUUGCAUGUUUCAGCCAAUGGAAGAGCUAGAGUGGAGCCAUUCCAGCCCCCCCUGGAAGAUGACAGUGAGUAUACAAACUUAGCUAGGGAUUGUAGUUAACAUUAUUUGGGGAGAGAACCAUUACAGUGGACACAAUUCUUCUCAAUCAAGGAUUUCAUAUGUUAUGAAUCCAGGGGCACAUAAUUUCUAGUUAGAGAUAAUCGUAAUUGCAGUCAGUUGUAAUUCAAGUAAUACUUGUUUUGUUUUAUGUUAUAAGUAACCUAUACAGUGUUAUAUAAAGUGGUGCAGGUCCAGUUAAAUGAUCCCUAUAGUAUUCUCUGACAGAGUGGUACCUCUCCAGGGAGCCUCUAGCAGACCUGUUUACUCUUACGAUUUUGGCGUACAAUGUACAAUUUUGAGGUGUAUACAUUAUAUAUGCUGUAUGUUUAUUUUAACUAUAAAUAUAACGUAUGUAACGAUUUUGUGAUGAUAUUGUACGAUUUUAAGAGUUUGAGGGUAAACAGGUCUGCUCUAAACAGGUCUGCUCUAAACAGGUCUGCUCUAAACAGGUCUGCUCUAAACAGGUCUGCUCUAAACAGGUCUGCUCUAAACAGGUCUGCUCUAAACAGGUCUGCUCUAAACAGGUCUGCUCUAAACAGGUCUGCUCUAGGGCCUCAGCUAAUGAGGGAGCCAUUUCAGAAUGACUAACCCAUUUCUGUAGAUUGAAUAGAAGUCUUCCUCAUGUCCACACACAAUCCCUAAGAAGGUCACCGACGAAGGGGCAUUUGUUAGAUAUGGUCGGGUUUUAGUGUCAGAAUCUUUGAGUGAUUAGUGGCUGAUGUACCAAGUGUUUGCAUGCGUUCAAUGUAGGCAACUGAUAUUUGUUACUGCUUAGUGGUCAAUCCCUUUGUGCUUUUGAUUUAACCAUGUCCACACUAUUCAUCUGGACUUGUCACCCUUAACUCUACUAAACAAAUCAUUGACAUUGAUUGAAUAAAUGCACUGUUUAUGUCACUUAGACUUAGACAGUCAGUGACAUCUUCUUACCCACCUAGUCAAUUAGUGAAAUCCUCUAAAUAACUUAGUAAAUGCUACUGUCAUUGUCAGUUGGUCAGUAAACACUACUGUCAGUUAGUUAGUAAACACUUCUGUCACUGUCAGUAAACACUACUGUAACUGUCGGUAAACACUACUGUCACUGUCAGUAAACACUACUGUAACUGUCGGUAAACACUACUGUCACUGUCAGUAAACACUACUGUCAUUGUCAGUAAACACUACUGUCAUUGUCAGUAAACACUACCUUCAAUGUCAGUUGGUCAGUAAACACUGCUGUCAUUGUCAGUUGAUCAGUAAACACUACUGUCACUGUCAGUUGGUCAGUAAACACUACCGUCACUGUCAGUUAGUCAGUAAACACUACUGUCAUUGUCAGUUGGUCAGUAAACACUACUUUCACUGUCAGUUGGUCAGUAAGACUACUGUCAUUGUCAGUUGGUCAGUAAGCACUACCUUCACUGUCAGUUAGUCAGUAAACACUACUGUCAUUGUCAGUUGGUCAGUAAACACUACUGUAACUGUCAUUAAACACUACUGUCAUUGUCACUUACUAAACACUACUGUCAGUCAGUAAACACUACUGUCAUUGUCAGUUAGUAAACACUACUGUCAUUGUCAGUUGGUCAGUAAACACUACCUUCACUGUCAGUUAGUCAGUAAACACUACUGUCAUUGUCAGUUAGUCAGUAAUCACUACUGUCAGUUAGUCAGUAAUCAUUACUGUCACUGUCAGUUAGUCAGUAAACACUACGGUCACUGUCAGUUAGUCAGUAAACACUAUGGUCACUGUCAGUUGGUCAGUAAACACUGCUUUCCUUGGUCAAAACUUGUUCAGUUUCUUUCACACACUAUUCCCUGCCAUUUUAUGUGAUAAACUUGCCAGUAUUUACCCAGAUCUCCCAUUGUAUUCCCCAGGUCCAGAACCAGUGAAAGUUGUGCCUGGUCCUGCAGUGAAGAAAGAAAUUUCCCCCAGGAUUAAACCAGUGCCACAGAAAGUGCCUGUGAAAGAAUCUGUCUCAAGUUCUGUCCAAGCUUCUGAUUUCCUACCAGUGAGUAUGACCACGGAAUUUAGAGAGAGUUCUCCAGGUUGAACUACUUAUUCAACACUUUCAAGAGGCUCUUAACAUUUAUAAUAUAACCCCAAAACAAAUUCAAUAAAUAGCUCUUAUAUCCACAAAACAAAUCCAGUAAAUAAAUCUAAUAUCCACAAAACAAAUGCAGUCACUAACUCUUGUAUCCAUAAAACAAAUCCAGUAAAUAACCUUUAUAUCCACAAAACAAAUCCAGUAAAUAACACUUAUAUCCACAAAACACAUCCAGUAAAUACGUAUAUCCACAAUCAGAUCCAGUAAUUAAUACUUAUAUUCACAAAACACUUAUAUUACGUCCUAUGUCCACCCACCCAAUUAUCCCAUCAUAGAGUAAAACAGUUUAUUACACAAUGUGCAAAAUGUGGUAGCAGAAGAAAUAAUUGUCUCAUAAGACAAAAAAAAGGCAAAUAAUUUGUAUUUAAUAAUAUUUUAUGCACCUAUGAUGCAUAUUUUAUUUUAUAUACUUAUGGUGCAUAUUUUAUAACAGUGAGCUACAAAAGUAGACUGUCAAUGAAAAUUUCUGAGGUGUACAAAAAGCUUUUAGAUUGUGUCUCAUUGAAUCGUUAUUUCACCGCCAGUUCACCGUCAGUUCAUCGUCACAAAUGGCAUAAGCAAAGAGAUUGAAUCUGUUAUUGAAUCUCAGUUAUUUGCAAUUCAUUGUUUUUAAAAUUUGAAUGUUGUCGCAAUACACAUGUCAUGGCAGUACACAAGUUGUGGCAAUACACACAUUGUGGCAAUGCACACGUUGUGGAAAUACACAUGUGGCAAUACACACGUUGUGGCAAUACACAAGUUGUGGCAAUACACACAUUGUGGCAAUACACACGUUGUGGCAAUACACACGUUGUGGCAAUACAAAUGUUGUGGCAAUACAUAUGUUGUGGCAAUACACAUGUUGUGGCAAUACAUAUAUUGUGGCAAUACACACGUUGUGGCAAUACACAUGUUGUGGCAAUACAUAUGUUGUGGCAAUACACAUGUUGUGGCAAUACACACGCAAGAAGGAAACUCUAAGGCAGGCCUGCACAACUCAAAAUGUAAGACAGGCCGUAAUACCAUAUGAAAAACUUGUGCGGGCCGAAAGAAAAUUGGACGGGUGAAAGUUAUUAAGAAAAUAAUAAAGAACAUUUCAUUACUUUGCGGGCAGCCAAGUGAGCGCUGGCAUGGCCCCGGGGCUGAAUGUUGUGCAGGCCUGCUCUAUGGAGAUGUGUGAUCAAACAGUACAAAAUUGGGAAAAAAUCCGAAAAUGAAAAACUACUCUUGUUAAUUUAUGAGCAUACGAACCAUUUGAGAAGCCAUUUUAGAUCUAUGAAUUAUAGUAUUAUAGUGGGUAUCAAAAUGGAGAAUAUUUAGAAUGUUUUUAUUGUUGCAAUGUUGACUCCAAAUCAAUAUUAAGUGUUAAAAUGGAAGUGCAUUGUUCAUUUCUUUGGAAGUGCAUUGUUCAUUUCUUUGGAAGUGCAUUGUUCAUUUCUUUGGAAGUGCAUUGUUCAUUUCUUUGGAAGUGCAUUGUUCAUUUCUUUGGAAGUGCAUUGUUCAUUUCUUUGGAAGUGCAUCGUUCAUUUCUUUGGAAGUGCAUCGUUCAUUUCUUUGGAAGUGCAUCGUUCAUUUCUUUGGAAGUGCAUCGUUCAUUUCUUUGGAAGUGCAUCGUUCAUUUCUUUGGAAGUGCAUUGUUCAUUUCUUUGGAAGUGCAUUGUUCAUUUCUUUGGAAGUGCAUUGUUCAUUUCUUUGGAAGUGCAUUGUUCAUUUCUUUGGAAGUGCAUUGUUCAUUUCUUUGGAAGUGCAUUGUUCAUUUCUUUGGAAGUGCAUUGUUCAUUUCUUUGGAAGUGCAUUGUUCAUUUCUUUGGAAGUGCAUUGUUCAUUUCUUUGGAAGUGCAUCGUUCAUUUCUUUGGAAGUGCAUCGUUCAUUUCUUUUAGCGCUUGAUUUUCAUUGGAUUUUCCCAGAAACAAAAAGCACCAAGUGAUUUAAGUGAGCCUGACGUUAUGGACAUGUUGACCAAAGGUCACAAUACGAUGAUCAUGGUUUUACAACAGAGAAGUCGCAACCUGCAGGUGGUCAGAGCCAUGUGGACAUCAGGGAACACCAAGGUAACUUUAUCCAAUAUGUCAAUGUUCAAUUUGGAGGCUGUCUGUGGCCAGAUAUGGCAAAAGUGUUUAGAUGAAAAACUGUUAGAUAAGUUUUGUACUUUAAUUAAAUUUUUUAAAACAAUAUUUAAUUUAACAAACAUUGUUCAUAAUUUGAAAUGGUAAUUGUAUUGAAUGAUGACUUGAUAGAGCUUAUUCCAAUGAGUGUAAAUCUCAUGUUGUGUUGACCCCUUCAGUUUCUAUUAGAAGGACUGUGCAUGCACAUCAUUUAUAUUUAACAAGAAGUGGCUGGUAUAGGCCAUGUGCUACGGCAUUACUAGUCAUGCUUAUACACUGAUGAGACAUGUGGCGGUAGUUCACAUGGUUAUUCUUAUACACUUGUCAGACAUUUGUUUAUGGGAAUGAACAAAGUUAAAUGGGUUUUAAAUAUAACUUUUGGGAAAUAAAAAAAUGUUUAAGAAUAAUAAUAAAAUGUCCAGCUUGUAUGCAUGCUGUUGUUUAUUCCAGACUGCUAUAGAUUCUGCUAUCUCAAUGAAGGACAUGGCUGUUAUGGUGGAUCUUCUGAACAUCAUCAACUCCAGGGCGUAAGUUGGUCAACAUUUGCCGUGUUAUUUGAAUUUUUUUCUUACUGUGUCCUUUUUUGGAAAGCAAAUGAAUGUUGGAAUGGGGCGACAGAUUAUUGUGUCAUUCUGUAGUUUUUAAAUCUGAAAACUAAAUCAGAAUUUGACCUGAUUAAGAAUGAGUUGCAUUGUUAUUUAAUUCACUGAAGUCAAUUUCAAAAAUAGGAAAUUACACUCAACUGUUUGAAACUUUGAAAUAAAAAUAGUAAAACUAAUUUAAAAAAAAAAAAUCAAAUAAACCUGUCGUCAGCGUAAACAAACAAAAAAAUUUGUAAAAUUUGGUCCGGCACCGUGAAAGGGCUAAAUGUAUAUGAUAUUUUUUGUUUAUAUAAUCGCAUGACCGGACGGACACAUAUGAGUUGUUAUAAUACAGACCGAACCAAAGCUUCACAUCUGUAUACUUUCUUGUCUGCACACAGAUCUCUGUGGAAUCUGGACCUGUGCUGUUUACUACUUCCACAACUCAAGGAAAUCAUGAAUAGCAAAUAUGAAAGGUAAACAAUCUUCAUUUAUUUUGGUGUUAUUUUUCUUAUUGUGGUUACCCAAGGUCACCUAGCUAACAUGGACAUGAAGAUAUAUACAAACACACUUAUAAUCUAUCCUCAUCUGCAAUGUACAAUUGUUCAUUUCAAUAACUUGUACUUUAAGGGGUGAGCUGCCGGUCAGCAAUGACUGCUUUAUAAUUUUAACCCUUUCCCCCUUGGAGUCGCCGAUCGUCGGUUGGGCCUACCAAUAGACACUUAAAGUUGCUGAGCGUCGCUGAUUUUCUGUUGUUUCGCUGCAGAGCCAAUCCAACUUUUUCAGUAGUUAUUUUAUGCUUUCCUAAACCAUCAAAUAAAAGAGCUAUAAAUAUGCUUCCUUUUUGUCUUUCUUUGAUUAUUUUUGGGCGAGUCUUGUGUUUUUUGAUAAUUUUUUUUAAAUUUAGUGUUUUUGUGGAUUUCUUUUUCAAAAUGGAUGAUGUUCUAAGGAUGUUUAGGGAUGCUACAGGGUACAAUUAUGAUGGGAAUACAUUAGAUUUAGGGGAUAAUAAUGAAAUUGAUAAAGGUGAAAGUGAUGUUAAUGUUCCAAUUGAACAGUUUGACCUUAGUGACACGGAUAAUGAUACUGAUAAUGAGUCCGAUGCUGCUGUAGACCCAGACAACAUAGACCCAAUAGGUCCAAACAUCGUAGGCCAGUGGGAUAACAUUACAGAUGUUGUGGUCAGGGAAUUUAUUGCAGAUAGUGGCCCUAAACAUGAAUUAGAGUCAGAUGCCGAGCCAUUUGACUUAAGUCUGUUACUACAGGAAGACUUUUAUAUAACAGUAGUAAACCGAACAAAUCUGUAUGCUGAACAAUGUCAACAAAGGGCUGCUAAAGUGGACAAAUAUUGGAAGCCAGCAACAGUUGUUGAAAUAAAACUGUUGUUUCACAUUUAUAUAAUUAUGGGUAUACAUGUUCUAUCAGAAUACUCUGACUACUGGUCAACAGAUGAUGGCCUCCAUGUCCAAGGGGUGGCUUCAUGUAUGAGUAAAUCACGCUACGAGAAGCUGUCACAAUACUUACAUCUAAGCGACUCAUCUCUAAAUCCUCCCAGAGGCCAAGAAGGCCAUGACCCCCCUUCAUAAAGUUAGACCACUUGUAGAACUCAUAAAAGCAAAUUCAGCCUCCUGUUUUACCGCAGGCGAGAACAUAAGUUUCGAUGAGGCAAUGAUAGGUUACAGUGGGAGGCUGGCAUUUAAACAGUAUAUCAAAGGGAAACCUAACCCCUGGCGCAUUAAGGUUUGGUGUGCUGCCGAUUCAUCUACAGGGCAACUUCUUGAUUUUAAUAUAUAUACUGGAAAGGUGAAAGAUGACAUGCCUCACGGAAAUGGACAUUAUGUUGUUUCUAAGCUGGGGGAAAGAUUUUUAUAUAAUUAUCACCACUUCUUGUUUGAUAAUUAUUUCUCAUCGAUUCAAUUAGCUCAGGAUCUGUUGGCAAAGGAUAUUUAUUGUUGCUCAACAAUAAGGCCGAAUAGAAAAGGAUGGCCAUCAGAAUUUAAAGCGUCAAAAAUAAAAAAAUUGAAAAAAGGAGACAUUCAAGUCAGGCAAAAUGGGAAUCUUGUGGCCACAGUAUGGAAGGACAAAAGAUGUGUUACGCCGCUAAGCACUAACACUGCUCCAGGGACGUCCACAGUUUCACGUCGUGCCCCAGGAGGUUGGUAUGAAGUGACUAUUCCUACUGUUGUGGAUGUUUACAAUAAAUCCAUGGGGGGUGUGGACAAAUUGGAUCAAUUGUGGUCCUACUAUCCAGUAAGAAAAAAAUCUGUAAAGUGGUGGAGAUAAAUAUUUUGAUUUCUCCUUCAGAUUGCCAUUGUCAAUAGUUGGAUCAUGUACUCCAAUUCUCACAGACCACAUCCAAAAAAAACCACUCUGUCCCAUAAGGAGUUUCGCUUAAGCCUCAGCUCAUCUUUGCUGAAAGGGAACAUCAGCCGGAAGAGAAAACCAACAAGUCAACCAGCUUCUCAAGGAGUAGGGACUGCUGAUUUGCUUGAGCACCAGCUGACAAGGAUGGUUGGGAAUAAACGUGCUUGCCACUUCUGUUCAGUUAAUAAACAGUUUGGAAAAAGAAAGAGGGCACAUGUGACUGUUUAUGGAUGUUAUUUGUGCCAAGUUAGACUUUGUAAAGGAGAAUGUUUCUCAAAAUUCCAUGCUAACUUAAUGUCAACUUCUGUCCCCAGCACUUCUAGUCAAAAUUAAACAUUUCUUUUGUUUUUUUUUUUUAGUCUUUUUUUUUUUUGUUAUAAGAAAUUUUAUGUAAUAUUGAACCUUGUCCAUAUUUCAUGUAUUUCCAAAGUUAUACUUUAAUUGCUUUAAUAGUUGUUUUUUUUUUAAUUUUUAAAAAUUGGAUUUUACAGAGUUAUGCCCCUUUUAUUUUUUUUUUUUUUUUUUUUUAGUCUUUUUUUUUUUUGUUAUAAGAAAUUUUAUGUAAUAUUGAACCUUGUCCAUAUUUCAUGUAUUUCCAAAGUUAUACUUUAAUUGCUUUAAUAGUUGUUUUUUUGUGAAUUUUUAAAAAUUGGAUGUUACAGAGUUAUGCCCCUUUUCUCCAGGAAAGCCUGUUUGUGGCUCAGCAUUGGCCCAAGGGCGAAAGGGUUAAGUAACUUGCUUUUCCAAUAAUUCUCGUCGACCCCCUCCCCCUUUUUUCCAGCCAUGUGAUUACAGCAGCCAAUUCCAUCAAGUUGGUACUGAGGAACUUUGGCGCUCUCAUUAAGGCUAAUAUGGAGGAGCCACCAUCAUCAACUGUGGAUAUCUCAAGGGAGGAAAGGUCAGAGUUUAUACUGCAGUUGUAGUCAUAAAAUUUAAUAUUCUGCUCUUACUAGUGCAUUUAUUUUAUUGGAAUAAAAUAGGUUAUGUCUCAAAGAACUCAAAGUUUGGCACGGUACUAAGUACAACAAAUGACAUUAUACAACAAAUGACAUUAUACAACAAAUGACAAACAACAAAUGACAUGAUUGGUAAUCAGUACACGUAACAUUAUUGAUACUUACUACAAGAAGUGACACAGUCUGAGUUCAGUAUAAAUCAUAAUAAAUGACAUGAUUGGUAAUUAAGUACAAAUGACAGCCUGAGUUCAGUAUGAAUAACAUGAUUAUAAUCAAAGUACAAAUGUAAUCAAAGUACAAAUGGCACAGUCUGAGUUCACUAUAAGUAACAAGAUAACUCUUAUUGUAGUCAUCAGAAUAUUUUUCAUUUCACUUUAACUUUAGUUUAUAGGCAAAAAGUUCAAAGUCUGACAAUCAGGAUGAGAAUGCCUUUGUUCUAAGAGCUGAAAUCUCUAGUCUGACCAAUAGUUUGGUUGGUUAUGUUUAGUCACCAGCAUCGUGCUAAAAACAUCGUCAUCAUUAUUGCACUACCUGGGAAAAUUGGUCAUUUCUGCCGUUACAUCGAUUGGUUUGUAGAGUUAAAAAAGAUCUGCUUGUCAUGUUAACAUUUCAUAUAAAUACUUUAAAUACCUUAUUUUUCACGGCCUUAUCUUGUUUACAGACACAAGAAAUGUCUGGCCUGCUACACCAUCCUGAGCUCCAUUAAAAGUACGAUUCAGUCAACGCACACAUCAGUCACAGCAAAACUGGCCGGAGUAUUUAGAGAAAUUAUGCUUCUUAUGGUCAGCUUAGACUGAUCAUCGAAUGAGACUAGACAAAAAUUCAAAAAUGGUGUGUGUGUCUGUGUGUUAUGGGGAGAAAUGCCUGUGUUGUGUUGUGUGAGAAUGUUAGUUUCUUUGUCCUCUAAGAUUUUGCUUGUCAUGAAUGGAGCUGAAUAAUACUUUAAAUUGUUUGGGCACAUUUAAAAAAGUCAAAAAAAAAUGUUAAUGAAAUUUUGUUUAAUGCCCAAACCAAUCUGGCAUAUUUUAAAUUUCUUGAUUUCUUUUAUCAAGUAGCUGAUAAGAGUCAAGAUUGUAUAUACAUGACUUACUUCAAAGAACAAAAUAUCAAUAGCUAAUCAAAUAUUUUUUGAUGGCAAAAUUAUAUGUUGCUUUGUCAGUGAGAAUUUUUUGAUUUGCUGAAAUUUUUCUGGUUUUAUAGUGGCACACACCCAAGGGCCGCCACUGAUUCUAUAGUGGCACACACCCAAGGGUCGCCACUGGUUCUAUAGUGGCACACACCCAAGGGUC